AUGCGAGAUCUGCGAGAGCGAGAGAGCCCGCCGUCGCCGCCGCCGCCCUCAGCGUUCGCGGUGCACAACCACUCGCACACAGUCGUUCGCAACUUGCCCGCCCCGUCUCCAUCCGUCGAAGCUGAUGGCUCACCUCGCCCGUCCACACCAGGUGACGAGCGUGGCACGGUGCGCGAAGGGCCGCACGUGGGAGCGAUCGCAUACAGUAGCAGUCCGAGCCCUCAUAUUCCGAGACGCAGCCCGGGCAGCAGCGUCGAGCGCAUCCCGCCUCCUCGUCUCCCCGCCUCCCCCCAGCCCUCUACAUCCCCGUCUCCGCUGCGGGCGCACACAUACCCUCCGACCUCAGUCGAGUCCACGCCUCUACCACUCCCCGCUACCCCCUCCACAACCUUCGAGUACCCGCUCCGAGCCGCCACCCUCUCACCCCCGCCCAAGACCGACUCCAUCACUGGUGCAGCUCACAAGGGCUCCCACACGAUGCGUACCGCAGCGUCCCGACGGCACUACGAGCAGAACGCGAAGAGCGACAAGGAGGCCCUCAAGGAGGCGCCGUCGACCUUCGACGAGCGCGCACUGCCGACGCGCGAGCAGGUGCAACAGGCGGCCGCGCUCACGGUCAUCGCGCAGAACGGUGUGCGCAUCCAGUUCGGGGAUCUUUUCAAGGACCAGAAAACGAUCGUGAUCUUCAUCCGCCAUUUCUGGUGCGCGAACGACCAGGACUACAUGUACUCGAUCGCGAGGACCGUGAACCUCAACGACCUAAAGGGGAUGAACAUGAACUGUAUCAUCAUCGGAAACGGUUCGCAUGGGAUGAUUCGGGCCUACCGAAACAUCUUCCGCACGCCCGUGCAGGUGUACACCGACCCCUCUCUGCGGCUGUACGCCGCGCUCGGGAUGACGCUCCGCACGAACGACCCGGGAACAGACCACGAGAAGGGCGACUACGUCCGCCACGGCGCCGUCAGCGGGCUCGCGAUGAUCGUCAAGAACGCGAUCCGCGUGCGGAUGCCCAUCUGGGAGUGCGGCGGCAACUCCGCCCAGCUCGGCGGCGAAAUUGUGCUCGGCCCAGGGUACGAGUGCACCCACGCCCACCGGAUGAUGACCACGCGCUCGCACGCGCCCAUCCGCGACGUCCUC